AAGGAAACGAAACCCUUGGCGAACACGCACAUGUCACAAAACAAAAACAAAAAAAAAAACCUUAGAAUCGAGUCUCCUCCUCUGUCUUCUCGCUUCUCUUUGCUUUAUAAAUCUCUCCAAGUUUCCUCUCUUUUCUGGACAAGUGUUUCUCUUCAGCAGCAGCUAUGGCGGGCUUUGCACUACCGAAUGUGACGGCACAACUCAAGUCCAAAAUCGAAGAGAAAGUUGACUACUCAAACCUCCCUUGCCCUAAACCCUAUGAAGAUAUCCACCUUGAAGCUACCAAGUCUCUAAAGCCAGAACUCUUUGAAGGUUUCCGCCUAGACUACACCAAGAGGAUGAACCACAAGUUUUCUAUUAUUCAUAGCUUACAGAUGGGACCAACUGAAGUUCCUUAUGACGGAUCUGAUGAGCAGGUUGUCAAGAUUCCAACUUCCAGUUAUAAGUUUGGUACAAGUUUCAUUGACCCAAAGUUGAUGCUUGACGGAAAGCUCAUGACGGAUGGUACAGUUAUUGCGAGAUUCAACAGCGAUUUAAUGGACAACUUCACCGUCAAGACUACAGCUCAGCUGACAAAUGAGCUAGAUAAGUCGCAAGGGGUGCUCACCUUUGAUUACAAGGGGUCUGACUACAGAACUCAGCUUCAGCUUGGAAACUACAGGAAUCAGUUCGGGCCUGGAACCAGUUCGCUGUUCAGAGCUAACUAUAUUCAGCAUGUCACACCCAAACUAUCUUUAGGUGGCGAAGUUUUAUGGCUUAGUGAGAAAAGCAACUCUACUGUUGGUUAUGUAGCUAGAUACGAGACUGAUAAAAUGGUUGCCUCUGGGCAAGUUGCUUCCUCUGGUGUGGCUAUCAUGAACUAUGUUCAUAAGGUUACAAACAAGAUCUCUCUAGCAGCAGAUUUCUUUUACCAUUUCAUGGUGAGAGAAGGUGCAGCUAGUGUUGGGUAUGACAUCAUGUUCAGACAGAGUCGAGUAAGAGGAAAGAUCGAUUCUAAUGGUGCUGUUUCUGCUCACGUGGAAGAACAAUUGUGUCCUGGACUCGGUUUGCUUCUGUCCGCAGAGGUGGAUCAUGUGAAGAAGGAUUACAAGUUUGGUUUGGGCUUUAAAUACGAAGGCCUCUAGAUUUGGUUCUCUUUAGGCGUUGUUUAUCCUCAAAGAGUUAUCAGUUUAGGAAAGUGACUGUGAGGCACUCCCUCUCUUAUCUCUCACACACUCUGGUUAAGGUUUUAUGUGUUUUUGUGUAUUGCUUCCAAAAGAAUAUACUACUUGGCAAGAAGGUUUCUUCAUGCCCAAUACGUUAUUUUAAUCUAAUGUCUUAACUUUAGAUUUUUU